AUGGAUGUCAAUGCCGUACAAGAGGAGAGGAGGAGGAGGCGUUCAGAGGUCAAAGCCAUGGACGAUGCUGACGAGCUGGAUCCUUGGACGGCAUGGGCAUAUAAGCCUCGGACAGUUACAUUGCUGCUCCUUGGUGCCUGCCUGCUAAUGUGAUGCUCUGUGCUUCAAGUCAAUCUAAUUUCUCCGUUUUUUUUUCAAAUCCUUAGGUGGCAUAGGGAUAUGCUCUCUGCAUUCUUUUAUGAUUACUUCCUUUAGCACAGAAGAAGUUCACGAGAUAUUACUUCCAAUUUGUGAAGAUACACUAGCUAGUGACCAAUUCAUACUUUCCCUUUGCAUCAUACUUUUUCUAGGUUCUCUCUUAUUUUUAAAUAAUCGGAACCCCACCCAUUAUGCGUACUACCUAGCUGUCCAUAGAUGGAUACAAGAGCCAAACAAUGCACUGUGGGGAUACUGUGUCGAGUAGGUGAGAUUUAAGCUAUGCUGCACCUGACGGAUAGAAAGACCAAGGUGGAUUCAGUCAGUAAGUGGUUGGGCUGCAAGUUUAGCUCGGGCAGCUUGUUUUUCACAAGGAAAGGAGCACCAGUAACUUGGUAACUUAUUUGGGCUUGGGGGCCCCAUGGAGAAGGUGCAGUGAUUCCGUUCAAAAUGACUUGCUUACAUCAUUUUUUCCCCGUUAGGAUUUGGGUUGCAUAUUUUUUAAUAUUCUCGUUUCCCGAUUUGGAGGGAAUAUUGAACACAACUUUCCUGACGUAGCCUCAUCUUUUACAAAAAUCAUCCAAGAGGAACUAAUGUGUUCCAGGUUCUAAAAUGAUCAGGAAGAUUUAACAUUGCCUAAUUUGGGGAUUUUGAUUAAAUUUUUUUCAGGAUUAGUAUGAUUAUAUUCCUAUGAAGCUUAUAGCUGAUCAAGUUCACGGUUAUGGAUUUUUUCAGUUGGGAAUGCGGAGUACUUGAUCCUGAAAGUUCUGUGUCUAAUGAUCGCAUUACAUCUACAAAGAAGUAUGAUCAAUAUCUUCGUCUAUGAUACCGUGAUUAUUCUUGGUAGUAAUAUGCUUGUUUCUGCAGGGGAAUCUGGGCAAUGAUUUUUGUUUUUCUUGCUUAUUGCUUGCUUCAAGCACCAUCGACGUAAGUUGUUUAUAUGAUUUUACUUCCUGUGUUUUCUGUCAGUUUUCAGGUAGAAUUAAUAAACAGCAUGUGUCGGUUAAUGUGUAUUCCAGUGUUCUGAUUUGAUAAUUGUGAACUUUAUUAUAUAUGUGCUAGGCUGCUUAGCCCUUUGCUGGGGUAGUGUACUAAAAAGUUCACUACUUCGAAGAUUGAACGUAUGCAUUUUAUCUCAGUCAUAGAGGUCAAAAAAUAGAUGUUGGUGUUGUUUGAAAUCAUCACUGUAGAUUGACCAAGGUACAAUUCAAUAUUUUAUUUCGUUUUUUGUGUUCGUUGUGCUAGUUAAUUGAUUUAGAAAAACUAACUUAAUCACAAGUGUCUUCUCUUCGGUUAAUUGACAUUUUAUCAUUGCUUGUUGUUGACUGAAUUAAAAUAUUUUCCAUAUUCAUUGGAGUGAAUUUGUGCUCUUGUUUUUAGCGAUGACCAACUUAAUAACAUAGAAAUAAUUUUGUGAUUACUAAGUUAAAGCUUGCAGAUUGUAGAGGUGACCAUGACAACGAAAGUAAGCCUUCUUCUAAUAGAAUAUUGAAUUGAAACAGCAUUGGUGAUGAUGCAUUUAAUUUUUUGUCUUAGGUGUUAGUUCUCAGCCACUCAUGAAUCUCUUCUAAUUAUUCGUAAUUUUGUCGGUUUCUUUUUUGGAAAUCCUUUCAGGAUACUUAUUAGACCACACCCUGCUAUUUGGCGUUUGGUGCAUGGGAUGGCUGUUAUUUAUCUCGUUGCGUUGACCUUUAUUCUUUUUCAGGUGUGUAUGUUUGUUCCAAGCUUACUGUCAGUAGUUUUUCCUUCGGUGUUUUGUUCACCAUUUUCUCUUGUAUGGUGCAUGGUAAAUGGCUUUAUUUAUAAGCUAAGCACAUUUUUGCUUGUUAAUUCUCAUUUAGCUGAAUCUACAAUUUUAAAGUGAGGUUGUCAAACAUUUUCUUAUUUAACAUUUCCUAUUAAAACUUAGUUGUACUCUUCUGUUCCAAACUAAUGCUAACUAAAUGAAGGUUAUCCUGCUUAACCUUAUAUUAUCAAAUAUCUUUUCCACUCACUUGUUUCAUGUGUUUCUCCUGGUUUCCCAGGAUCGUGAUGAUGCUCGGCUGUUCAUGAAAUUUCUUCAUCCAGAUCUUGGAGUCGGUAAUAAGUUUAACUAUGCAUAGUGUGGAUUGUACUAAGCCGUUUACCCACUUCGGACUUCCUCUAGUUUCUAACCCUUUUCCCCAUUUAAAUACAGAACUUCCAGAGAGAUCUUAUGGCUCUGAUUGUCGUAUUUACGUGCCAGAAAAUCCAAGAAACAGUUUUAUCAAUGUCUAUGUAAGAUGUCUCUUUCAUCAACCUAGUUUCAAUUUGCUCUAUAUGUUUUCCAAUUUCUGUUCUUUGUUGAGUUUUGCUUUCCGGAUGGUUGAGUUUCUGACUUUGGUUUAGAUUUUUAUAGGAGACCCUGUUUGAUGAGUUUGUUCUGGCUCAUAUUUUUGGUUGGUGGGGCAAAGCCAUAAUGAUUCGAAACCAACCCCUUCUGUGGGUCCUGUCAAUAGGGUUUGAGUUUAUGGAGGUCAGUUUUUUGGGAUCUUUUUUUUCCACAUUUCAGUGCACUUGAAGAUUUUAUUUAUUUAUUCUGGCACUUUGCAGUUAACCUUUCGACAUAUGUUACCCAACUUCAAUGAAUGCUGGUGGGACAGCAUUAUUCUGGAUAUUCUGAUCUGCAACUGGUUUGGUGAGAUUCUAAAAACUAAUCUCUGGUUUUUUUGUGCUGAAAAAAGAACAAAUUAAAAUAAGUGAUGAUAUGAUUUUUAAGCCUCAUUAUAAGAGGGUAAUAACACAAAAAAUCGCAUAGGUCGCACAAGCUCUUGUUCUCCGUUCUUGGAUCGAAAAUCUUCUCACAUUACAAGUGGAAGAGGCCUUGAUCAUUCUCCGCGUACCUCCAACGAGGGGGUGUUUCACAUUAACGAAUUUUAGAGCUGAUUUGAUAUGCACCCUAUGGAUUGCAUCAUGUUCAGAAGACCCUGAUGAUAAACAGUUGACUGGUUAUAAAAGGGUGAUAGGACACAGUCAUCAUAUUUUGGUUGUUUCCUAGAAACAAAUUCUAAACGGUUUUUUAUUCAAAUAUAGAAUGUAAUAAAAUCCUUUCAAUGUGCAUAUGCAGUGUAUCCUUCUCAUUUUUUGCUCUUUGUUUCUUUUCAUGCAUGCGCUCCAUUUCAGAUUGCAUUGGUCCAUCUUUGUAUAGGUGUCUCAAGAAAUGUCAUUGUAGGAAGUUAAAUAUUAACUUUUUUUCAUAGAGCUAAUCAUAUUUUAUGGAAUCCGGACCCCAUCAACUGUCAUUAUUAUCAUCAUGUUGAUGGCCACCCCUUUAACCGAUUUCAAUGAGGUUGAUUGCUUUGCAUUUCAUAAUUGCCGUUAAAAUUAUCACAAUCGGAAACUUUAACUAUGAAAUAUAAUUCGCGGACAUUUUUUCAGUUUAUAUUCUAAAAAAUUCUAUUUAACUGAAACUUUUGCUGUUACCUUGGAAUUUAAACAUACUCAAAUAUGGGAUGAAAGUUCACCCAUCCUACACAUCUGAGACAUUUAUAAACCAUGCAAACAAAAUAUUUAAUCAACAAGUUUUCUAUGAACGAACAUUAAUAGUGUUUCAUCUUUCUAUUUGUAAUUUUCUUGACAUAUCGACAUUUUAUAGCAGUAGAUUCGAAGAGUGGGAUGUGAGAAGGAAGAAAAAAUAGUUGGUUGCAAAUGAAGAAGGGAAAAAGAAAAUAUUGAUUUUCUUGGACAUUAGGGCUAUGAUUGUGAUUGUCAGGCGAAUUUAAAGGAAAUUAUGCCAUUUUCACCAGUAAGCAAAGCUUAUGACAAUACAAAAUUACCUGCAGUCUACUACGUUGCAUGAAAAUUGAUUAAGUUAAAAAAAUAAUGAAAUUUACCUUUAUUAAAGAGUAUACUGUCCAACCCAAAAUUUUGAAACCAUCUGUAUGUCUCCUCAUCUUUGAAAAUAGAAAUUUAUCCAUUUGUCUCAUUUCUUAAAUCCACGAUCUGGAGAAAUUGUUGAUUCUAAAUCUCAGCAGAUUUAGAAUUAGUUCAGCUACAUGUUACUCAAAGUGAAUCAACUGAAACUUUAGGAAUCAGAACCGAGAUAUAUGGACUUGGCUGGAGGUAUUAACAAAGUUAUGAGUUUUGUUUCUAUAUCAUCAUAAGAAGAAACUGUCUUGUAAGGCACUUUUUUUCUGCGUCUCACUCUUGGAUUUAUGCUCCUUUUUUUUGUCCAUAGGUAUAUGGGCUGGGAUGCGUACGGUUCGUUACUUUGAUGGAAAAACGUAUGAAUGGGUUGGUAUAAGCCGCCAACCAAAUAUCUUCGGUAAGGUAUGUCUUAUUUAACGUCACAUUUGAUAUUGACCUUCCUAGUCGUUGUCCAUCUUCUCUUCUACGAUUCUAUCUUCAACCCAUGUGACCAAUCAAGCUCUCUUUUGGUAAAGAAUAGUUCUAGCUUUCAGUAGUGAUGCUAAAUAGUUUUACUACUAAAAAUACAUCCUGUUGGCCUGCUGCUGUGCUUUGCAGAAGAAAAUGUUAGGUAGAAUUGUCCAUACUUCUAUCUUUCAGCCAGGUUUGAGAUUCUAGAACAAAUAGCCAACUUCUCAGUCAAUCUCAGGCGUCGUUUGUCACUCUCGCAUUUAGAAGCAUGCACGUGCAUGUGUGUGAGUGCAUGUGUACGUAAAUCCUAUUUCGUCAUCCAUUAUUUUAAAAUAUUUUUUAGUUUAGACGCUCACAUCCUAGCUUUGUGCGUACUUGUGGAUGCUAGAACAUUGUGGAGAUUUAUUUUAAUUCAGAGAAUUGCCACGUCGAGAGCAUAAAAAUGUGCCCUGACUGGUUUCUAUCCCCCACCCAUCAAGUCAGCCAAUGCAUUGGUUGACUCGCCAACUCUACAUUUUCCAAGGACCGUUAUGCCUUCUAUUUUGUCAAUGUGGCAGACUAGUUUUAGUCAAUAUGUAAUGCAACUUUAUAGUAAAUUUUACUGAAGUUCAUUAACAUCGACGGAUUAACAAUCAACUGACCCUCUGUUGGCUUGUCAAUAUUGUGCUUCAUACUUAUAACAAAAGCAAAGUCUCCUAUAUGGAAAACAUCGGCAAAACCCAAUGAGCUAAUGAACAAAAGUCCACUGGCAUUUUACAUAGAUGAAAAAGCUGACUCUAUAAGUGGGUAGUCCUUUAGAUGAAUAAUGUGAAAUUUUCCUGUUAUAGAAUAAUCCAUUGGGUUUUUCUUGACUAAAACUAUUGAAGGAAAAUGAUCGUGUGAGUAUUUUAGUGUUUAGAUGUGACACAAGUUUUACGGUAGUGCACCUUCAAUGUCUUCCGAGAACAAAAUAAUUGGGCGGGCAAGGGAAAUUUACCAUAUGCCCUUGAAAUCUUCCAGGUACAAGAAUUUCGUGCCCUAAAUUAUGUUGGUUCACAGUGCCCUUCUGGGAAUUUUCUUCAUGAUCUAUUUAGACUAGUGAACUUCCAUCCCUCCAUGCUUCUCCGCCAUUAUUAAUUUUCUUUUUGGUUUUAGUGUUGGAUUCCUUAAAUAACUGCAGAAUUCAUAAUAUUGAGAUUAUUAGUGUAAUGAUUUUUUCCAAAGUUAAACCUUUGAAAAUCAUAGUUCUGACAACAAGCGAGAUGGCAAAUCACAGGUUAUCUUCUCUGUAAAAAGAAACGAUACAAGCAGUAUUUGUAUGACGUUUUGUGAUUGUCAAGAUGGAAAGUUUAACCAUACAUUUUUUGAGAUUUAUAUUCUUUUUUAAAAAAAAAAACUUGGAGAACAGUUUUGAAGUUAUCUUGUGCAGUUAUAAACCAUUUAGGAGAUUCUUUUUUCUAUUUUUCCGAAGCCAAUCAUCAUUGGGACUCAAAAACCUAAAGUUGAGACGAAAAAAUUGAUACAUUUUGGUUUCCCUCUAACACCCAGUGUUCCUCACCAUCUUGACACCUUUGAUAAUCAAUGGUUUUCUUUCUAUCAAGUCUAAAACGCUAUGGAAAGCUCUUGGGGCAGCUGCAGGUUGAGAUCAAUCGAGUUUUUUAUUCUGGGCUACCUUUGUAUCAGGAAUGAAGGUACGGUUAGGCUCAUGAGUCUUGGGAUUCGAUCUAGUUGAGUGUUCUUGUGGAUUUUCAUUCUGUGAAAGCUCCAGGAACUCGCUUAAUUACUCUUUGAAGGAGAUGACCGCUGACUUUUAGGCGGAUCUGCUUGAAAUCAUGCUUGUUCUCAAACUUCUACCUUUACCCUCUUCUUUUUCCUGUGUUCCACCAUGACCCCAUUCCCUACUCCUGAUCAUCCAAUUUCAACAUAGUUGGCUGUUGUCUAUUUAUCUUCUGCCAUCAUUGUGUGGAAGCUUACUGAUAGAGGGCAAACCACUUUUCUUCAGAAACACGACAAAAGGUUGGAACUCAUCAAAUAUAGUGUGGAGAGUCUACGCGAGGAGUUAUUCUACCUGCAGAGGGAAAUGCCUGUGUUGCUCCAAAACCUCCUCUACGAUGCUAAAAAGUCUUCUGUGACACCCACGGCCCCUCUGCAGCAUCUGCCUCCCUUUCCUGAGACCAUGAGCCUUGCAAAGACCCGCAUCAGUUGGAGAGACAACAAUGCAGUCUCUCUUCCGAAGGUAAUCCUUCUUCCCUCCACAGCAUAGGCGAUUCUCUCCCUUGUAGGGCAAUCUGAAUGCCUCACAGUCACUGAGUUCCCACUGUUCAAUGGUUUGGAGACUGCCAAGUCUUCCUUCUGUGAGCAUCUAAGACUCGCUGGCGCCAUAUCCAUUACAUUUGACUCUUUUUCUGUUUGAGGAAAACUGGGAUUUAAGCAAAUCCAUAGCUUAGUUCUAUGGCGGAAACUAUUUUUGGGAAAAAAAACCCCUCUGGAAGACUCUUCUUUGAUCUCACAUGGGUGAAUGCAAAGAUCUCCCGGAGGUUUACUAUUCUGAUGAUCCCAUCCUCAAGAUCAUGAGCUUUUUGAGCUGUUGCUGUGGGAGGUCUUGAGCACGCAGUGUAUGAUUUUUCCCCAGUUUCCUGCUGGUGGGGCCAUUUCAUCUUGGCUUUUGAUUGAUAAUUUGGUCAACUCAGUCAAUUGGAAUACAAUCAUUGACCGUAAUCCUUCAUCAUGAUCAUGAUCAUCAUGAUCAUCAUCAUUGAUCGUUGUUUUUGCUGCUGCUGCUGUUUAUCAGCCAAAUCCCAUAUGGUGGGGGUGACAUGGAUCUUAGUAUAAUCGCUUGAUUUCUUCCUUUCCAUUUCCUCCUACCAUGUUCUUCCGAGUAGUGAGCAGCUUGAAGGAAAGGCAGAUGGUGAACUCAUGAUGAGAUUUAUCUCUCUUAGUAUUUUUCAUGGACGCAGUCAAGAAGCUAUGUACUUGUACUUGUCUCGUUCUUCAGAAUCAUCCUGAAUUUUUAUUGCUGCUUCUGAAGGUUAAGCGGACGCUGAGCCAGUUCACGCCGGCCCAGUGGGACAAGGACCAGUGGCGCCCUCUCCUGGGGCCGUGGAGGUUCGUCCAGGUGCUGAGCCUGUGCGUCGUGUUCAUGAUGGUGGAGCUCAACACCUUCUUCCUCAAGUUCUGCCUCUGGGUUCCUCCCCGGAACCCCCUCAUCACCUACAGGCUGAUCCUCUGGUGGCUGAUCGCCAUCCCCGCCAUCCGCGAGUACAACAGUUACCUCCAAGACAGGCAUUCAUCCUCUUCUCACCCUUCACUUGUCCUCUCUCUCUCUCUCUCUCUUGAUGAUUUGUGGGUGUUUCAGCAAGCCAUUGAAGAAGGUGGGAGCAUUCUGCUGGCUAUCACUGGCCAUAUGUAUAGUGGAGCUCCUCAUUUGCGUCAAGUUUGGAAGAGGUGAGAGCUCCGGCCUUCUGCUGCUCUUCGCCUUGUAAAUCGUAGUGGCCUGAUAAACUGAUCACCCGCUUCCUUUGUUGAUGGUGUUGGGGCAGGUCUCUUCCCCAGUCCUAUGCCGCAGUGGCUGAUCGUCUUCUGGGCCUCCAUGGGGACCUCCCUCUCCGUGUUUCUCGCUCUCUGGACUUGGCACAACCAUCGGUCUUUUACCAGAAAGAGGCUCUGA